AGUGGGGAGAUUUAUUCAGACACUUUGGAUAUUUUCAUUCAUGCAAAGGCUACCAUGGCACAUUUGAUUCAUCUGUCAUUAGUGCUAGCAGUGAGGCUGCUUCCCUGUGUUUCAGCCAUACGAGACUUUCCAGAUGGAGGAAUCAAAUUUACUCCCUAUCAUCUGUGCCCCGGUGGAGGGAAUAUUACACAUGAUUGCAAGUGCACAGCUGGAAAGUGGAUAUGGAAAUUUAAAUGUUGUGGGCCCACUGUUAACCAAGUCACACUGGAAGCAACUGCCACAGCCAAUUACACUGAGACAGAGAACUGUACUAAAUGCCGUAAAAUCACAUACAAAACUAAAAUGUUUGUUUUGUCUGUGGAGGUAGAAAAUGGGUAUUUAAAGCAUACGAGUGAUAAUAAGGUCAUUUGUGAGUCUUGCUCUGGAACUUCAACUUCAACUACUGCCGGCACAAAGUGUUUCAGCUUUAAAAAGAAACAAAAGAUUCAUAUCUCAGUUCCUGAGCGAGACCAAAACACAGUAAAGCUCACCUUUAAGAAGUUUCAUCAACAACACCGUGUUAGUGACUGUAUAGAGGCUCACACAGGUUCGACUGACAGGCCCUGCAAUGUCAGUGUGGCUACAACAAAUGCAGUUACAAAUCUGGAGUUCUACCAGGAAGCGAAAAGUUGGAUUGAUGCCUUGGAGCAAUGCCAGAGAGACUACACCUCCCUGGUUGAAAUCACCAACCAAACAGUAAAAGAUGUAGUGAAAGGUCUCCUGCAAAGUCUCCUGCAAAAUGAGACACACUUGCAACAAGGGGUGUGGAUUGGCCUGGAACGCUCAGUCUUUGGCAAAGAUAAGGAGUGGAUGUGGAUUUCAAGGUCCAAACACAUUUGUCCUGAGUGGAACAGAAGCAUAGCUGACUCAAAUAACCACUGUGCAAAGAUGCUCCUGACUGAGCAACAAGAAAUUAAGCUGCUGGAUGCCAACUGCCAUGACAGACUACCUUUCAUCUGUCAAGAUCUUGGAGAAGAGGCCUCGUGACCUCUACUCACAGCAACAGGAAAACUCUGGAUUCAGUCAUCAACAACUGCAGGACCUGCGCUUUUGUCAAAAACAAAACAUCUGCGGUCCAGACAUUGAACUGUUGUCAUGGAGACAUGUCAAAUAAUGUGCCAGAAAGGGUGUAAUCAUUGUAUAGCAUAUAUCUUUAAUGACUUGAAAAAAAACAUGAAUUGGGGUUUUCUUUCUCUAAUUCACACCAGGAUGAAAUUAUACAAAUCAGUUCAAAGAAAUCAUUAAAAACACGAAAUUACCAUACCAUUCAUGCCCACAGUGAGUGUAUGUAAACUUCUGACUACAGCUCUAUAUGUAACUCGUAGUUAAGCUUUGUUGUCAUUUCUCUAAGUAGCUUCAGGAUUAGUUCUCCAGGCAUCUUGAAGAACAUCCACAGCUCUUCAUUCUUUCCUAUUUCGUAAUAGCACGUCUUUCAGAUGCUGUUCAUCUGCUGCUGUAGAUAUUUUUUUAGGUCUGCCACUUCUUUUCUCUUCACGCCAUGUCCAGAUUUUCUGACAUUGCAGCUAAUAGCUCUUGGGGAAUCACCUUGUUGGUUUAAAAACACUAUUUCAUACCUGUAACUGUGCUAUCUUUGGCCUGUCCAGUUUAAGGCCAGAGGGCAGUUUGCACAUAUUAUCAGUGUGGUUUUUCAUUAUGGGUUUGUGGGUCACAUCUGUUCCUGGAAAUCAGCUCAGUGGUAACUGAGAGGUUUGCAUGAUUAGAGCCAGAGCAGUGAGUAGCUGUGGCACAGGAGAAGUACGUGGGAGUAGUUGAGUGGGCUUCUGGCACUGACAUUCUUUCAGCACAAGGUGCUACAGUUUAUGUAUAUAUUAUAGGUACCCAUAUGUAAAGGUUUUGUUAGCAGAAAACAGGGGGGAAAAAUUGCUUUAUGUGUUUUAGACUUUGGUUGAUUGUUUUGAUAAUGGCCUCCUUACCUGGGUAUGGGUGAUACAGAGGGAGUGCAUGAUGCUGCAUUUUAUUUUGUUUUAUUUUGGGGUUUGGGGGUUUUCCUUUGUUCCAUUAAGAUCUUUGUUAAUAAACUCCUGUCUCAAACCUG